AUGAUGUUGACACCUGUGGAAAGAAAACGGUUGAGAGACGCAGGCCGAGAUGCUUUUUACCGACAAUUUGGAAAGCAAAGAGACAACAGCCUAGAAAGGAACGCGAAGCAGCAAAAGGGAGAGAAUGCCAGGCGGCGAGAUUUGGACAACUGGAAGAGGACUGAAUGCUCCCAACGGUUUCAAUCUUUGCCCAGAUCCGAACAAUUAGAACUUCUUCCCGAAUACGAAGCGUACCACCGAGAUGAGGACGCUAGAGAACGUGCUCCUGAUGUGGAAAUGUGUGCUGACGAUCCAGUGUCUGCGAAAGAGAACUUGCCCUCCAGACGACGACGAGGUAGACGUUUGGGCAAAUUCAGUACAGCAAGCAACGUUAACUGGUCCAAGAACAAGAUGAUACGGGACAUUUUUGAGGGCCUUAAUGCUCGCAAGAGUGGCGCAACAGAGAUAGCCAACUUUCUUGCGCUUUUACUACGCAAAGCUGCUUCGAUGUAUCCGGGUCUUGCUGAUGAACUUCAAACAUUGGGCUUGAGCAUGUCAUGCCGGUGCAGGGAUCUGGCCACCGUGCUCUCAGAACUUAGCCAGAAUCUGCCCUCGAGACCACAAGGUGAGGACUGCUUUUGUGCAAUCCGUGCAGAAGGGCCGAGGAUUCGAGAUGACCCUGCUGUGGUGGAUUUGGUGAAAAGUUCUGCCCUACGAAACUCGGUGGAGACAUCCAAGUUUAUGUUGGUGCCUUCGCAGAAUGCCAAGAGCAAGGAAGCGGAAGCUGUUGUGGUGAGACGUUGGACUAGCAGCCCUUUGCAGAUCUACUUGGAAGACGAGCAGUUGCUUGCAAAGAUGAGCUAUAUGAGUUUCACGCGCAUUGUACGAGCAGAGUGCCCUCAUGUAAGGAAAGUGAACAGCUUCAUUGCCAACAUGCGCGCCGAUCUCCAUGCAACCUAUGACAAGUACUUCCAGCAUUUCGAUGACGCAGAAACUGUUGCUUCAGACAACCCAGACCCAGCUUCCCUGUGCCGCAAAUAUUUGUUGUACGUCAACCAGCACACACAGAAAUACAGAAAAGAGCUUCAAGCGGUUUCACGCAAGUUGAUCUUCGCCUUGCAUGAAAAGGAAGGACCUUUGGAGUAUGAGCUGCAGUGGCUUUGCAAGCUUGUUGCAGCUUACCAAUUCCACAGAGUCAGUUCCAAUUUGCAAAGCGAUGCCUGCUCUGCCCACAUUGACGCGCUUGGGCCUGGUGAGGCCAUUUUGUGGUGUGAUUGGAAACAAAAUUUGAGCAUACCAAUGACACACGUGCAGACAGGUGACCAAUACUGGGCCACUGCAAGAGCAGAGGUCUCAUGUUUUGGAGCAGUGCUGUUCCUAGGCCAGGAAGCAGAAAGACCUCGGAAGAUCAACGUUCUCCUGCUAUCGGACAUAAUAGAGCAUACAGCGCUGGCGGCGUCACAGCAAUUGAGCAUUCUCGCCAAGGAGUUGCGCGAUGUCUCUUCGAUUACUUGUUGGUUUGAUGCGGGCCCUCAUUUUCGAACAUAUUCUUUGUUGGCCUGGUUUCCGGAAGAACUUGUGCGUGGAAAGAGCUUAAAGCUGUCUGUGAACUGGUUCGUCGAAAAGCAUGGAAAAGGUUUGGUGGAUUCACUGUUCAGCAUGUGCAACGCCUGGCUACAACGGGCACUAAAGCAUCCAAGCUGCAACAUCACUACCGUGAAGGAAAUGGUGUCCACCUUGAAGAGUCAAGCUGCCAUCGAUCAGAAGAAUGAUCCUGGUGGCCUACGGUAUGUUGUUCGUGAGUGGGUGAGCAAGCAAAAGCCCACGCAUGAGUGGGUGGGAACAGCAGAUGCUUCCUUUCAGGUUACAAAGACGUACUCUGUUCGAGCAGAGUCCUUUGGAGGGACUUCGCAAUAUGUUCGCUGGCACAAUUGCUAUUUCUCUCACUCAGCAGCGCGACAGCCUACUGUUUUCAUUAUUGAAGCCAGUCAAGUGGCGAUCAAGAACAGAGAGUGGCGCAGAGGCUUCUUCACAACGCCACGCUGGAAAAGAGAUGUCCCAGAGAGAGGCACUGGCAAUGCAAUCCUAGAACGCCACAGAGUUUUGGAAACACAUUGGCCAGAGAAUGAAGAUUCAUUUAUAAGCUUCGAGAAGAGGAUUGCUCGGUACCAAAAGAACUUGCAGCGAGCUCGGCAGCGAAAGCAUCGGCAAAGACAAGUCGUUCAAGAGAAACGAUUGAGUGCUGCUGGAGAAAGUUCCAGCAGCGACUCUAGCAGUGACAGCAACUCUUCGUGA